AAUUUUAUCAUCUAAAUACCCAUUGCCCCGGUGUUAGUUAUAUCAUAAUUAAAUCUUAAAUACCCCCCUAUUUUUGUAUACAAUCUUCAUGUACUUGCCUAAGUCUCAUAAUUCGUGUAAUUUUAACUCUCUUGGUGAAUGAACAGUUGUUAGUUAAACAUCCAUAAAAUGCAGUCAUUUUUAAAAACUGGAAAACUUAACCAAGAUCAACAGGGUUCGUCUGAUGGGCUCGAAAAAUCUAAAACCGCAUAUAGAGGAAUAUCCGAUAGUACGACUCCGUGGGUUGAAAAAUAUCGUCCACGCACAGUGGACGAGGUAUCCGAACAAACUGAAAUUGUGGCUGUCCUAAAACAGUGUUUGGAACAAGGGGCCGAUAUGCCACACCUGUUAUUUUAUGGGCCACCUGGUACAGGUAAAACUAGUACCAUCAUUGCAGCUGCCCGUCAGCUGUUUGGAGAUAUGUACAAAGAGCGUAUGUUAGAGUUGAACGCGUCCGACGAUCGGGGAAUUCAAGUUAUCAGAGACAAAGUAAAAACGUUUGCACAACUGACAGCGUCUGAUAAAAGACCCGAUGGUAAACCUUGUCCACCAUUUAAAAUUGUUGUACUAGAUGAAGCCGACUCUAUGACAGCGCCAGCUCAAGCCGCUCUUAGACGUACUAUUGAACGAGAGACUAAAACUACACGGUUCUGUCUGAUUUGUAAUUACGUUAGUUGCAUAAUAGAUCCGUUGACGUCGCGUUGUUCAAAGUUCAGGUUCAAACCGUUAUCACAUGACAUAAUGUUGGCACGCCUGGAACACAUAUCGAAAGAAGAGGGUAUAAAAUGUGCUCCACGAGUGCUGGCAAGACUCGUGGAUGCUUCGGGCGGUGACAUGCGCAGAGCAAUUACGUCUCUCCAGAGUACAGCUAGAUUGAAGGGAGAAGAAGGAAUCGAAGAAGAUGAUGUCCUCGAGGUCAUCGGCACAGUUCCGGACGUAUGGUUGGACCGGAUGAUCGAAAUGGGCCGCACCAAUGACUACCAGAAAAUGGAUGGUUUUGUAGAAGAUUUAAUAUUUGAAGCUUAUUCGGCUACUCAGGUUUUGGAACAACUGCACGAUAAGAUAGUGUUUGCUUCAAAUAUGACUGACAAACAGAAAUCGGCGAUUUGCAGAGUAAUCAGCAUUUGUGCUUAUAGAUUGCAGGAAGGUUGCAGUGAAUAUGUAACUCUUUUGAAUUUAUUAUGUUCUAUAGCUCAAGCGUUAAAAAUGUAAACGAAAAAAAAAUGUUAAAUUUACAUUGUACAACAUUUUAUUUCAUUUUAAUUAUUUAUUUUUGUCAGUAGAUUUUAUAAAUGUAUUAUUUGUUACUUUUAUACAUAGCAAACAAGGCCAUUACAAUAAGACAUAAUUAUAAUAUACUCUGUAAAUUCAAUAAAAAUGUAAUGUUUUAUGUACAUAGGUACAUCAUACAUGAGAAUAACUGAAAUAAUACCGGUUUUAAAUAUUUUAUAAUUAAUAA